UCUUGCUGUUUUCAAAUUUUAUAAUUCCUAAACAUAGAAUUACACGAUCAAUUACGCUGCUAUUCCUGGCGAUGAAUCUUCAAUUACUCUCUUUUUUCUUAAAUUAAGGUUUUUUUUUUCUUCCAGGUUCGUCUUCUUGCUUCUUAAGGAGGCUCCCAGUGCCCUGUGUUACCUCAAACCUUCUCCUGAGCCAACAACAACAACUCUGCUCUGCAUUUGCUGUAGAACUAUUUUAGCAGGAUGUUCAGGGCGGCUCAACUCCUCAGGGAGACAAAGAGAGCUGUCGCCCCGAGAACGAGUUCAUCACCUGCAGGUUUGAUCGUCAGUGGCUUCUCCACGGCCUCCAAUUUCCAGAGGUUGGCCGGCAAGGUGGCCGUCAUCACCGGUGCAGCCAGCGGCAUCGGCAGAGCAACGGCGGCGGAGUUCGUCAAGAACGGCGCCAAGGUCAUCAUCGCCGACAUCCAGGACGACCUCGGCCGGUCCGUGGCCUCCGAGCUCGGCCCCGACGCCGCGUACACGCGCUGCGACGUCGCCGACGAGGCGCAGGUCGCGGCGGCCGUCGACCUCGCCGUGGGGCGGCACGGCCGGCUCGACAUCUUCUACAGCAACGCCGGGAUCGGAGGGAGGUACCCGCAGGACGACGCGGUGUCCGUCGACCUCGACAACUUCGACGGCCUGAUGGCGGUGAACGCCCGGCCGGCGCUCGCGGCCGUCAAGCACGCCGCGCGCGCCAUGGCGCCGCGCCGCAGCGGCUGCAUCCUCUGCACGGCCAGCGGCGCGGGCGUCGUCCCCAUCCCGGCGCUCGCCAUGUACUCCGUCUCCAAGGCCACCGUCAUCGCCAUCGUGCGCGCCAUGGCGGAGCCGCUGGCGCGCCACGGCCUGCGGGUGAACGCCAUCUCGCCGGGGCCGACCAGGACGCCCAUGCUGCUGCGGGAGAUCCCACUCAUGGCCGAGCAGUCCCCCGGGUUGAGCGGGGAGCUGAAGCGGAUGGUGGAGGACGACGGCGCGGCGGGCGACGCCGCCGCGGUGCUGGAGCCGGAGGACAUCGCGAGGGCGGCGCUGUACCUGGCCUCCGACGAGGCCAGGUUCGUGAACGGGCACAACGUCGUCGUCGACGCCGGCUACUCGGUGCACAAAGGAGCGGAGGCGCGUUGAAAUGACCGAGGAGAAGCCCAUCCUCGGAUCAUGCCACGUGGCUAUUUAAGGGUGGAUCUGCCUAGUGAUCAAACUUUUAAUUUCAUCGAUCAAAUCGGUUUAAGUCGUUGGAUAAUAAUCUGAAAGCAUACACGUAAAUCAAAAAUCUGAUGCACGCUCUUUUUGUCCUCCAGCCGCCAUGUAUUAUACACGUGUUUGACAAAAGAACAGAAUAUAAAACGUUUGAUCGAUAGUAAAAAUGAUUAAAUGUCAUCAAUCUUAAGACAGCUCCCGUAAUGUGGGCUGUUUGUUUGCUGUGUAUGGAAAUCCCAUUAUUGUCAAUCUCGUUGAAAUAAAAUCGUGGUGA